GAUCUUGAGAAGAUCUUUCCGACGCAACAAGAAUCGCUUCAAUCGGAGCAAGAACGCGAAAGCUAUGAAGAUUCAAAGUUCAUGAGCUUGCGUUACAAUUGCGGCAGUUACAAAGUGAAGUUGUGGGGUGACUCUAUAUGGAGUUGGGACCUUUGGGGUUGGGGAAAUUUGUCACUCUACUGUUAAGGGAGCUAAUGGGGAGCUUGUGGGGCUUGGGAAUGUUCUGCUGGUUGAAGGCUUGUCUGCUAACCUUCUCUCUGUGCAACGACUGCAGAAGAGCAAGGCCGAAGUGACCUUUGGACCAACCAGCUGCCGUGCUAAGCUUGGGAAGAAGGUGCUGUGGAGUCUGGAAGAGGAGACCAGCUGCAUCAAGGACCUGUGGCAGCUGCCCAUCAUCCCAUGGAAUGGGAAGACUCCAACAGCAGCAACGGCAGCAGUGGCAAAGGCAACAGCAGGAGGAGAUGCAACUGCACCAACUGAUGGGGUGCUGGAAGCAGUCAAGAAAGUGCAGAAGCAGCAGACACAUGGUGAGGCAAUCACUUCCAAGAUGAUCUACAGGCACAAGUAUGGACCUGAAGGGGAGCUGACCCGCUACAAGUCUAGGCUUGUGGCACGGGGGUUUCAGCAGACAAAGGGGAAGGACUAUGAUGAGGUGUUUGCUCCUGUGGGGAAAGGAACAACACUGAGGGUGCUGUUAGCGAUAGCUGCACUCCUGGGAUGGAAGAUACGGCAGAUGGACAUUGUGACAAUGAGUCCGCUGUGAAGCUCGCCAAGAAUGCUUGUCUGCAUGGGCUGACAAAACACAUAAGGCCUAAGUGGCAUUGGGUGAGGAGACUCCUUGAUAAGGAGGUGCGGCUGGAGAUAGUGAAGACCCAUCAGCAGGCAGCAGAUAUUUUCACCAAGCGUCUGGCGGAGGCGGAUCAUUGGAAGGGCA